AUGGCCAAUAUGCUGUGGAGUUUAAGCCUCUGGCUGCUGCCCAUUGCGAUCAGCACCGAAGUUGAUCAAUGGAGUUUGGUACGAGGCAUCUUAAAGAUCUAUGCGCCCAUACCGGAUAUGGCCUUCUCGGCUGGGACGGCGGAGGGGCGCAAGUUCGUCUACGAAAAGGGAAAGAUCAACAUGUCCAGUCCGUUGGCCAUGGCUUCCUCGAGUAAGUUCCCAGUUGCAAUGGCCAUCGCUGGAUGUGUGGCUGAUGGCUAUAUCACCUUUGACACCAAGCCUCAUGAGAUUUGGAGCUGGUGGAGCAGCAACGCAAAGGACCCUAGAAGUCGUGUGACCUUGCGACAGCUUUUGUCCUUCACCAGUGGCUUCUACUGGCCCGACGCCUCUGGUUUCGUCCCAUGCCUGGGAGCUGCGAAUGCCUCCAGCUACACGCCGGAGGUGCUGGCGGCGGACAGCAAGCGCAAUGAGAUUGGCCUGCGCUCCAGGGAUGCCCUUUGGCGGAUCGGGCUGCGGCUGUGGCACCAUCUGCUCGGAUCGCUUUGGGGCGGCCUUUGCAGCGGUGUUACUAAGAUGGUGAGUGAUUUUCAGCUUGCACGAAAACCCGACGCCUACCAGGCCUGUGCAAAGGAAAUCUACGAGCAGGCGCCGUUCGAGUUCGAGCCCGGCUCCACGUGGUCCUACAACUCCUUUCAUCUUCAAAUCGCCGGUGCGAUGGCGGCAGAUGCUGCGAAGAUCACAACGCAAGAGAUGCUGCAGAAGUAUCUCAUCAGACCUUUGCAGCUCAAGUCAACCUACUGGCUGGGAGGCCAAAACCCAGGCCUAGCGGGCAAUAUGAUGACGAGUCCAGAGGAUUAUGAUCGGAUUCUGCACGGCUAUGUGGCCAACAAAUUGAUUCCCAGCUGGGUGUCCUUCGAGAUGGAGCGGGACUACUUGUCGCCUCAAGUACAGGUUUCGAACGCUAGCACCUUCUUGGUGAAACUUCUGGGACACUAUUCAUUCUGCAACUACUUCGAGUGCUUCCCGCCCAAGCUGUCCAGCUUUACGGAGAGCUGCAGGAAAGCCAACAUCCACAUGGACGCAGGGCUCUUCGGAUAUUAUCCCUUGGUGGAUAGAGCCAAGGGGAUGUACAUGCAGAUUGCAACUGCGCAAGUGCCUCAUUCGCAAAAGGAUUUCUAUGCCCCGACCAUUGCUUCCAUGGUACUACGAAAGAUCAUCAAAUUCUGGGUGGAUCGCGGCCUGGGUCUUGGAUCCAAUGAAGUCAGUGGAGGAUUUGGAUCUCCGGCGGUGAGGGAAGAAGCUCAAGAGGUUGCAGCAGAGUUGCUGAAGCAGACAGGGCUGCAGAUGAACUUUGAUGAGCUCUGGGAACCUCAAGAACUGGUUGUGUGA